AUGCUGGUGCCAAGCUGUCGAAUGAUGCACGUAGUCAGGCCAACGGUGGUGCUCCUGUGCUUGCUCCUCUACGCUGAUGCUGAAACACCACCAAAGUUUACAAGAACUCCCGUUGACCAGACAGGGGUUUCAGGAGGAGUUGCCUCAUUCAUCUGUCAAGCUACAGGAGAUCCAAGACCUAAAAUUGUCUGGAACAAAAAAGGAAAGAAAGUCAGCAAUCAGAGAUUUGAGGUAAUAGAGUUUGAUGAUGGAUCUGGAUCAGUUCUCAGAAUACAACCACUGCGCACGCCACGAGAUGAAGCUAUUUAUGAAUGUGUGGCUUCCAAUAGUGUUGGUGAAAUAAGUGUGUCCACGAGACUCACUGUUUUACGUG